CGCUAUGGUGCUCAACAUUGCUAUUCAGUUACUCUAGGCAAAUACAGCAGAAGAGCAGCGGGCCAGUGUGUGUGUCAGACUGGUCAACAGUAUCAUGGACACUGAAUAUUCAAAGAGAGUGUACCAAGGGGUUCGUGUUAAACACACAGUCAAAGACCUGUUGGCAGAGAAACGAUCUCGACAGACAAAUGGCCCAAGGUACAGUAGUGGUUCAACAACCCCACCAUCUUUAGUUCAGAUGUCAGGUUCUCAUAUGUUACCCAGCUACUAUGGUAUGAGGCGUCCUUUCAUAUCGGACUCAGACUUUGCCUCAUCUACGAAGCAGUUUUCAUCAGAUGUUUACCCAUCCACCUAUGGAGGCAGAACACUGAGCUGUGAGACAUCUAGCUUCUCUCUUAUUGACACCUACUACCCUGACACUUUCAGUGAAUACCGCAACACCACUGCCAACUUCUCCAGCUCUGGAGGAUCUUUCUUGCCUUCUGCGGCCCUAUCGUCUCUUUUGCCUCCUCCCUUCAGUGGCGAGUCAUCACAUGUAUAUAUGAGAGACUCAUGGGAGCAAUCGGUUCCAGAGCCAGUUCCACAGGUGGAACCUCUUUGCCCAGACAACUUGGCUUCUGUCCCCUCAUCAAUGCCCAGCCCAGACUCCCAGGGGAGCCCCUCCCAGCCAAGCCAAGGCUCAUCCAUUGGGCUGGCUUCCAGCAGCCAGUCCUACACCCUUCACUCCCUUGAGGAUGCGAACUAUCACCUUUUAACUUCCAACAACUCCUACGCAGCCCCACCUUCCUCCUUCCUCUGUCCUCCUUACAUCAACACUGACCUGAUGUCUAAGAUUGUCACAGAGGAAGCAGUCGACAGCCACAGCAGUCUCCCUCUCAAUUUGGAGGCUCAUACUUCCUGGGAUAAGGAGGACAACGUGAGUGGCUGGUCUCCAUAUGAGCUCAGAAGAGCCUACUGAAAAAACUUUUUUUUUUUUUUUAAAUAACUAGAAAAAACAAUUAAUUCCCAAAAUUCACAUCACAGGGAUAAGUGGAUUGGCUUCAUCUUUGUUGGUGUUGAUAAACUCAACAAGCACCUGGACACACUUAAAGUAAAAUAAUACAAACAACUACAAGGCUUGCUUUAGCACCGUUUGUUAUUUAUUUGUUGUGAAGGAUUGUGAACACAACAUUUUGGAGUUUAAAUUCCUGGUCAAGAUUCCUGAUCAAACUAAU